GUUUUCUUUGUUCGCAGAACAACUUCCAGAAACUGUCAACCCAAGCACAACAUACUUUUUCUAAAAACUCACAAAACUGGAAGCAGUACCUUGACAAACAUAUUGAACCGCUAUGGGGACAUACACAACUUAACCUUCGCGUUACCGCAGGAUGGUUUUUAUAAUUUCUACUGGCCCUUACCAUUCGAGAAAUCAUUUAUAAAAGACACAAAGGGAAACCAACCUAACAUCUUGUGCCACCAUGCCAGAUGGAACAAGAAUCCAAUGAAGGAGUUGAUGGCCUUGGACUCAGUUUUUAUCACAAUACUUCGAAAUCCUGUCACGCAGUUCGAAUCGACUUUUUCCUACAUGGAGUUUGCACACCUUUUCGGAAUCGAAACAGGAAGAGAUUCCAUCGAAGCUUUUAUAGCUGAUCCUAACGGUAUCAUGACAAAAUUUGCAAACAGUUCACCAGCAGAAAAUGUCUUUCCUUAUCUUAAUUUGUUGAAAAAUGGGCAGUUUUUUGACUUAGGAUUGGACAGUAUUUAUUUUCACGACGAAGAGAAGGUAAACACGGCCAUAGAUGAGAUUGCCCGAAAUUUUAACCUAGUACUUUUGAUGGAAUAUUUCGAUGAAUCUCUCGUCUUACUUGCCAACGAAGCAUGCUGGGAUGUACGAGAUGUUGUGUAUUUCAAGCUUAACCAGCGAAAAUCCGCAGACAAAGAAGACAAAUUUUCUAACGAACUCGUUGAAAAAAUUCGUAUGUGGAACCGAGCCGAUGUGCUGCUUUAUGAUUAUUUCAACAAAACGUUCUGGAAUCAAAUUAAAAAGUUAGGAUCCGCGUUUAAGGCUGACGUAGAGCGUCUAAGAUAUUACAAUGAAGUUUUGAGAGAAUCCUGUUUAGUUCCCGGGGUGUAUAAUACAAAAGCCUACACCAAGCAAGCGAGACCAGUUCGUGGCUACGCCCUGAAGGAAAACCUGGACACCCCUCUGAAGACUCUUUGUGAAAAAAUGAUAACCAACGAGCUAGACUAUUUGCAGCUUCUUACAGGACGAGUUUAA